GGGGGGAGGCGCUUCCAGGGUGACAGACGGGUCUAGGCCACAGUCUAGUGCGCACGCGUCAGUUCCGGCGGGGACGGGAGAGCGGCGCGGCGCGUGGGUAGGCAACGCCGCGGCGGCGGGGCAGAGGAACAUGGCGGCGGCCGCGCAGCUCACGGACGAGGAGCUGUUCUCGGAGCUUAGGCGCUUCGGCUUCUCCCCGGGGCCGGUCACCGAGAGCACUCGGCCCGUCUACCUGAAGAAGCUGAAGAAACUGCGGGAGGACGAGCGGGCCGGAGCCCGCGGCGGCGCCAACAAGACCCGGAACAGCAACAACAAUAACACGGGGGCCGCGGCAGCGCCGGGCGGCGGCGGCAGAGCGGCCCCGGGCAUGGGGGCCCGGCCGGCCAGCCCCGGCCAGCCCUCCUUGCCGGGCGGCGCAGGCGGGGGCGGCCGGAGCCGCGCAGCACCCCCUGUCGGGGGCGGCAAAGUGCUGCUGGGCUUCAGCUCGGACGAGUCGGAUGUGGAGGCCAGUCCCAGGAGCCAGGCCGGCGCCGGGGGCGGCGGCGGCGGCAGCAGCCGGAGGGAGCGGGCGUCACCCCCAGUCCGCGGCUUGAGGCCCGCAGCCUCCCAUGGAGCCUGCAGCGAGAGGAACAGUUCCCCCCCGGAGGCGGCUAGGAGGAAGCCCAGUGCCUGGUGGGGGGCGGUGGCCAGGAGACCGACGGCCACGGCGGGGGCUCAGACUCAGGGCAUGCGGGAGCCCGGGGAAGGGGAGGAGGAAGAGGACGAGGAGGAGCGGCAGUGGAAGAACCGGACUGUGAAUGGUAACAGGCACCCCUCCCUUGGUAGCAGGGCCGAGUAUUCCGACUCGGAAGAGGAGGGGGAGAGAGCCAAGCAGCAGGUAUUGAAGGAGGAGACUGCAGCCCGCCAGCACCGGGCCAGACGGAGCCUGAGCAAAUCUGCUGCCCCAUUCACGGCCAGCAAAUGUGCUGCAGCCGGCGCUGGCAUGAUGGAGACGGGCCAGCAAAGGGCUGGAGGAGGCGGCGGUGCUGGUGUAAUCGCAAUGAAUGACAGGGCGGAGGCGGCUGCUGCUGGAAGUCUAGACAGGGGCAGAAAUCAGGAGGAGGAGGAGGCAGCGGUGACGAGGGGGGGAGAUUGUGAAAACUUGGACACCAGCCCUUCCAUCCCCAGAUACCGGAGCACUUCCUCCAAGAAUUCCCCUCCACUCUUGGUACUGCCGCAGCCCACAGACAUGGACAGCAGCAAAAUCAGUGACCCUCUGGGCACUGUUAGGAAAGCAGCCAAUAAUCAUGUUCUCAGCGGUGCUACUGGUGGCUUUAAUAUUGAACCCAGGAUUUAUUCAGCUACUAACAGCCUCUCUCUGGGUGCUGCAACCCCUUCUUCCCUUAGAAUCAAUCACUCCAACCACACGGGCUCUAAUCACACCUACCUGAAAAACACCUAUAAGCAAAAGCUUUCUGAGCCUGAGGAGGAGCUUCUCCAACAGUUCAAGAGAGAGGAGGUAUCCACCACUGGAGGCUUCAGUGCACAUUACCUGUCCAUGUUUCUCUUAACUGCUGCAUGCUUGUUUUUUCUGAUACUGGGACUCAUGUACGUGAGAAUGAGAGGUUCGGGAGUAGCCGAGCGUGGGGAAGUCAACAUUAAAAAUCCCUUCAGUGAGCAGCUUGAAGAAAUAAAAGCAAACGAAAGAAGUCUGAUGAACAGCUUAUAUAAACUUCAUGAUAGAUUGGCACAAGUAGCAGGAGAUCAUGACUGUGGCAACUCUAUUCAGAGAAACCUUUCCGUCCAGGAGACAGCUGCAUAUUUAAAAAGUUUAGGUCCAGAGUAUGAAAAAGUACUUAACACAGCGCUACAAUGGAUCAUGAGUAGGGGGGAAGAUGUUGGCAUAAAGUGUAUUGGUAAUGACCCCAGUGAGGAAUUAAAUAAUGUAACUGAUGUGAAAUACCUGGAAUCUACUAGACCACAGAUGUCUUUCAGAUGUCGUUUUCGCCGUGCAUUUAUUACUGUAACUCACAGAUUAUCAAUAUUGCUUUUGGGUAUAGGGAUGGUUUGGGGAGUCUUGCACUACAUGAAAUAUCGCUGGACAAAAGAGGAAGAGGAGACCAGGCAGAUGUAUGAUAUGGUUGUAAAGAUUAUAGAUGUUCUAAGAAGUCACAAUGAGGCAUGUCAAGAGAACAAAGACUUGCAGCCAUAUAUGCCUAUUCCCCACGUGUGUGAUUCCUUAAUACCACCUCAGGACAGGAAAAAAAUGAAGAAGGUCUGGAAUAGAGCUGUUGACUUCCUUGCUGCAAAUGAAUCUAGAGUUCGCACAGAGACACGACGAAUAGGUGGCGCUGACGAUUUGGUUUGGAGAUGGAUACAGCCAUCUGCAGCAUGUGACAAAAUUUUAGUUAUACCAUCUAAAGUAUGGCAAGGCCAAGCAUUUCAUCUAGAUAGAAGAAAUUCGCCACCAAACAGUUUGACACCAUGUCUAAAGAUUCGCAAUAUGUUUGAUCCCGUCAUGGAAAUUGGUGACCACUGGCAUUUGGCAAUUCAAGAAGCAAUCUUGGAAAAAUGCAGCGAUAAUGAUGGAAUUGUUCAUAUAGCUGUGGACAAAAAUUCACGUGAGGUAAAUGCAUUUCCUGUAUUCCUGUUAUAUGUUUUGGCUUGUUGGUCUUACAGCUUAAUUUUUUUUUUCUCACCACAGGGUUGUGUAUAUGUCAAGUGUCUGUCUCCGGAAUAUGCUGGAAAGGCUUUUAAAGCAUUACAUGGCUCUUGGUUUGAUGGAAAGCUGGUAACGGUAAAAUACCUGCGGCUGGAUCGAUAUCAUCAUCGCUUUCCCCAGGCUCUUACUUGCAACACACCCUUGAAGCCAUCAAACAAACACAUGAACUCAAUGUCACAUCUUCGUCUACGGACAGGCACAACUAACUCUCAGGGAAGCUCCUGAGAAGACUUUCUACAACUACUAGGACUGUUACUUGCAGCAGGAAAAUUCCUGUUUGGCUGCCGUCUUCCUUUUUUAGUGCUUUUUGUAUGUAAUAUUUUCAUUGAUUAAAUAAAAGUCUGAACGUUCCAGAAAUCUUGUUUCCAAAGGGACUUAGCAAUGAGGCAGUAAUGCUAAGUGGACAAAAACAGUUGCUUCAGGAAGUUUUGGAGCUUGAGUAAACCAAUGCAUUUAAUUUUUGCAUGAAGAACACUGAAUUUAUUAAACAUUUUCAGAUGUGGUGGCUGUAAUUUUUUUGCACCAAGAAGUGUUUUGAUAACAAUCCAAAAGCAUGGAGAAAAGACGACUUCCUGUAUUUCCAUAGUUUCCUGUGAAAUAAUCUUGUGGAUAUUUUGUAACACACACCUACAGUUCCUGACGGCAAAUAAGUAAAAAAGUUAAUUUUUCAGUCUAAUUUUAGGUUUCUGUUGCUCUAAAGGAUUCAUUUGCUCCAGCUGGGGUAUGGGAAAAUUAAUUUGGCUUUAGUGGUUGCAUAUAAGUGUGAGGGAAACAGAAACUGAAUGCAGAUAUACUGGUUUUUGUACAUAAGUGUAAAUGCUGGUGGUGGCAAAAGUAGUCGUGUUCUGUGAGGAUGUCUGCAUUAAAGCAGUGAAUAAGCUUCCUAUUUUAUUCAUAACCUAAUGUUUUUAUAGUGUUGGCUGUACCAUCACAUAAACGUCAAACAGCCACACACCUUAAAAUAUUAGAUACAAGUUAAAUAUCUUUUAUAGUUUUUAUAUUGAAAUAUCUGACUAUGAUUUUGUGUGAAAGGUCUGAUACCAAUUGUAGUGGAUUCAAAUUUAUGUGAGCAAUAAAGAAACAAUUGGCAGAUACUGAAAAAAUAUUUUGUGAAAAGCUGUAUUUAUUACAAAUACCAGGACUGUGACAAAGUACUAUUGGGAUUAAGUAACUUUCCUAAUAUAUUUAUAACUUUAAAUAAGUUUUAAUUAACCAGUUACAUGUAAAAUUAACAAAGGUGCAUAUUUUUUGCAACAAAAUUUUGGUUCAUGAGAGCUAGAAAUAUAAAUGUACAAGUGAGUUACUUUAUUUCAAUGUUAAAUUUUGUAUUAACAUUUAUUCACUCUUAGUAACUACAGAAUUGUUGCUGAGAAGUUUCAUUGCAUAUCUAAGACUAUUGGCUGCACUGAUCCCUUGUUUACACCACAUAAUUUUGUCUAUAAUUAUCCAGCUAAAUAUUGCAUAGGUGGUGAGACUGGAAGUGUACCAGUUAAAAUAAAUUUAAUAAAACUCACUUUAAUUCUUUUGUAGAUAUGGUGGAUUUGCAGCAUGAACUUGCACAAAUAAUGCAUGUUUUUCUUAUGGUUCAUUAAACAUGAUGCACACUAUUCUGCAACAGAAAAUCCUUUUGUGCCUUACCUUGUGCUUUUGAGGGCACCAUGUUUAUUAUUGGAGGGUUUGUUAUCUGAAAAUUUUUUAAUUCUCAGUUUUACGUCUCAGAUGCUAAUGAAUUAGUAUAUAUAAUAUAUAUAAUCUGCCAUGCAAAUUUCUACUCAUGAGGGACAAGUACAUAUUUUUGAUGAGUGAGUAGAUUUUAUGUCAGGUCUGGUAGAUUUUCGUGAGUUUUACUAUAUGUACAUAUACAUAUAUGUAUAUGUAUAAUAUACAUGUAUAUGUAUAAUAUAUGUAUAUAAACUGAUUUUGCUGUAUUUGAUGUGCAUCAUAGUGAUUUGUUGACCUGAUCUUAGUGACCCCAUCUUGUGACCUGUUGCAAGAGUGAAUGUAAAAAUAGUUGUGGCAUUUUAAAAGGUCACCUUUUGAUGCAGAUGCAUCAUUUUCUUGCUUCUAAAAUAUAUUUCUUGUAAACACUGUACAUUUUAUUAUUGUAAUAUGUACUAUUAUGCAUCUUAUUUUACCUAAAACUGUUAAGUUGACCAAUAUCCCUCCCUGCAAGACAGAGGGGAAUGUGUAUAAUAUCUGGACGUUUGAGAAAAAUCAGAUAUUUGAUGUAAUUUGUCACCUGUCCUGUAAAAACAAACAAAAAAAAACACACACACAAACAAAACUCUAAUUAAAGGUUUAUUAGGGGGUUUUUAUAUGUGUCUCAA